CUGGCCUGGGCACGUCAUUCUCAGCGAUGGCCGAGGCGACGGAGGAACUGAGUGCAGAUGGAGAACAAGAGGAGGCAUAUUUUUACAGAGAAAGGAUAAAAUAUGCUCCAGACGAAGAGGAGCGGCUGGAGCGCCAACACUUCUGGAAAGUCAUCGAUGCAUUUAGAUAUUAUAGAGUCCACAUUCACGAGCGAGUGAAUCGAGCAGAGAGACAGUUCGGGUUCCUCCCUGAACACCACCAGAUGCUGCUGCCUAACUUCCUGUCCAACUUAGCGAAGGUCCGUCGCUGCGUGGACCACAACCAGGAAGUGCUGCAGGCCAUCGUGCUGAACUGCGUGCACAUGUUUGAGAACAUGGAGUACGGAGAAGAAGAUGACCUGAGGAAGGUGCGCCCGUCAUCCACGUUCGACAUGGACAAGCUGAAGUCCACCAUCAAACAGUUUGUGAGGGACUGGAGUGAGGCAGGAAAGCCGGAGAGAGACACCUGCUACCAGCCCCUCAUCGACCAGAUUCUGAAGAUAUUCCCCAGGGAUAAAUGUGAUCCCUCGAAGGUGAGCAUCCUGGUGCCCGGUGCAGGGCUGGGGCGGCUGGCCUGGGAGAUCGCUAGUCUGGGCUAUUCCUGUCAGGGGAACGAGUGGAGCUUCUUCAUGCUGUUCUCUUCCAACUUUGUGUUGAACAGAUGCGACGAAGUGAACUCUAUGAUCCUGUAUCCAUGGGUCCACCAGUUCAGCAAUAACAAGAGAUCAGCUGACCAGACACGGCCGGUGACCUUCCCUGACGUAAACCCCCAGAGUCUUCCACCUAACUCCGAUUUCUCUAUGGUUGCAGGGGACUUCCAGGAAGUCUACACAGAGCCAAAUACCUGGGACUGUGUCACCACCUGCUUUUUUAUUGAUACGGCUCACAAUGUCAUUGACUACAUAGAAACGAUCUGGAACAUUCUCAAACCUGGCGGUGUAUGGAUUAAUUUAGGCCCACUGCUGUACCACUUUGAAAACAUGGCGAAUGAACUGUCAGUCGAGCUCAGCUACGAAGAUAUCAAGGCUGUAAUUUUAAAAUACGGAUUCCAAAUGGAGGUGGAGAGAGAGUCUGUUCCCACCACAUACACAGAAAACGAGCGCUCCAUGCUGAAGUACCUGUACGACUGCGUGUUUUUCGUGGCUCGAAAACCAGCUCACCUCUUCUCCAACGGCUUCCAGGAGGCGGACGUAUGUCAGUUUGAGGAAUCCCAACAGAAUGAGAAGAAUGAUGACAUGACAUGACGUCAAGACACGCGUUCCCAGCCAAGAAAAGUACAAUUAUUUUUUUAUUAUCAUCAUGAUGCCCUCGGAACUUGCAUAGUAUGCGUUUCAUACUGUAAAUGUCUGCAAAGGAAUAACAGGACACUACUCAACAAAGUGACAAAUGACAAGAUUACCGGCGUUUUAUUUCAUUUUUUUCGCCUCUUCAGUAAAGUCCUGAUUUGGUGCCUUUUGUCAUGUCCAAAUUUAUACCCAGAAGUUUUUCUUUAUCAUUCUGAAGUAUCUAAAUCGUUUGCAUGUGCUUCAGAUGUCAACUGUAAAUUUCAACUGUGUAUAUUUAUUUUCUCUAAUUACUAAAGUUGUUUUAAACUUAAUGUAUAAUUGGUAAUGGCUUUUUUCCCCUCCAUCUCAUCUGGGUUAAAUUGCGUACACACUUGACAAUAAAGGAAAAAAUAAACUUUUUUAAAACUUUUUUUUAAAGUGCAGAAUGCUUUCCGUUAUACAGUAUGUAUUUUAUCAAUACUAUAUGGAGUCAUGGUUUGGUUUUCUGAAAUCUUCUCAAACCCAAGUGCAAUUUUGGAUAGUCUGGGUUGAACAAAUCUGGUAGUAUAACCUGCAGUGCAAUGCCACAGAGCUUUUAAAGGGACAUGAAAAAAGAAAAUUACUCAUAGAAACGACCUUAUGCUUGUCCACCUACCAGUGGUGGAGCUGUAAAUAAAAAGGGUGCUGACUCAAGAUUGUGGUGGGUGGAGUGAAGCAGACAUAGGGCUUCAUUCACAAAACUUACUUUUGUUCUUUAAAAUGUUCCUGUAAAAACACAAUAUGGGAUUCAUGACACAUGUGCAGACCUUAGCAUAAGGAAACAGCCAUGAACAAAUACAGA